GCGACAGAAUUCAGUAUUUGUUUAAAUCUGCUGGCAACUUCAUAGCCUGAGAUUUGCCUGCUGCUAAAGUGAGCAGAGUAUGGAUUUGGCAGAAGUCCCAUAGACGUGCAUGGGACUUCUGACAAAUCCUCAUCUUGCUUACUUUAGCAGCAGGCAAUUCAAAUACAUAUCCUGCUGGCAGCUCAACAUUGGAGUUGUGCUAUAAAUACAUAUCAUUUAUGGCACUGUUUUUUAAUCUACAUCAUAAAGUCAAAUAAUCUUAGUACCUGUCAAGUGCAAUCUAACAAGGUGGAUCUCAGACCUAAAAAGAUUGUGUGUCCCAGCUAUAAAUACAGUAUCAUUGUGACAUCUACAGUUUCAAUCCCCUUCUCUGCCAAGAAUCUCUGCUUUGCUAUAAAGACAUUCUACCCCAAUAUGUGAAAGCAUGGUGGGUUGUACCAAUGAUUAUAGCCCGGCAAUGCCAAGUGGUUGUUAUGGGCAGGACCACCAUCAGGAAAUUUGGGGUCCCAUUUAGUUGAAGCAUCUUUGUGCCUAUUUACCAAGAGCUGUAAAAAGAAACAGGCAGUUUGUCCCCUGAUAUACGGUAUUCUAUUUUCCCUGGGCCCCUCAUGGCAGUACUGGAAUGACAGCCCUAGUUGUGUACCAUGUUUCAGUGACUGUAAAUAUAUAUAUUUCUCUUAGUUUUUGUGGGACACCUCUGACACUGGUUGUAUAUUUGCUGAUUGUGAUGUUAUUAAACUAUUAACUUACAGUGGUGCUGACUUUCUUCUUUAAUGCUGCUUACAAAUGUGGAUCUCACCAUCGACUCCAUGGGUCCCUUCAUUAGCCAUCUGGUAAUGUAUGGGUUACUCAUGAGGAAAUGGAGAAUCUUACAGCUCCUGCCAAAACGAAAGAGUCAGAAGAAGGAAGUUGGGCACAGAACAUCCACCUAGUGUGUUCAGUGCUGGUGGUCACACAUGCUCAGUAGCUCAUUCCGAUCACCUGGAUCCCCUUGUACAUGUGCAGGUCAGCCAAUAAGAAUCAGUGCACUAGAAGCAUCUUCUGGACAAAUUAGGUGCACGUAUUAAGUGGGGAUCAAAAGAACACCAGAUGGCACCGUAACAAACCCUUGCUUAUGGUGAUAUGAAUCAUGAAUGGAUCGGGAAUGAAUGGCUGCCUAGUUUGGGAUUACCUCAGUACCGAAGUUAUUUCAUGGAAUGUCUGGUAGAUGCUAGGAUGUUGGACCAUCUUACAAAGAAAGACCUUCGAGUGCACUUAAAAAUGGUGGAUAGCUUUCAUAGAACAAGUUUGCAGUAUGGAAUUAUGUGCUUAAAGAAGUUAAAUUAUGACAGAAAAGAACUGGAACGAAGAAGAGAAGUAAGCCAGCAUGAGAUAAAAGAUGUGUUGGUGUGGAGCAAUGAUCGUGUGAUCCGCUGGAUCCAAACAAUAGGUCUUCGAGAUUAUGCAAACAAUAUAUUAGAAAGUGGAGUCCACGGUUCUCUUAUUGCUUUGGAUGAGAACUUUGAUUACACAAGUUUAGCACUAUUACUACAAAUUCCAAACCAAAAUACUCAGGUAAGUUGCCUCAUGCAAGUACUUAGGGCAGGCUACCCAUCCCUACUGACUGACAAUAAUAAUAUUGUUACCCUAAACAAAUUUUCCAGCAAUUAAUAAAUGAUCCCCUAU